AUGUUCCCGGUGGAAGCAGAUCAGGAUUCGUUGGUAAACUUCAGGAUGGCGUUGAGAAAAUUGAGCAGCGCUGGCAUUUUUUGCAUUCACCGACGUGGUUAUGCAGCUGGUGCAAAUUUUUUAAAAGAUGUCCCGCUGAAGAGACGAGGCGGCGAGACGGUCAACGUGAAUGACCUCACGGACAAGGCUAGUGGUCAUCACUUUUUAUAA